GGCCGCAGGCUUGCGUCUUUGAGGCGAUUGGACCGGCCUGCUGGGGCUGGCCUUGGCCCGCCUGUCCGCCUCCCUUCCCGAAGCCGGAGCCCAGCUCCCUUCGUCUUUGCCUGGUCUUCCAGUCACCUGCGCGCCCUCUCCCCAGAGCCGGGAAUUCAAACCUCCAUUUUACCCGCCUCUUGACCCCCUCCACGUCUCCCGGGUCCGCCCCCCAGCAAAAGCCAGAGCCCACCCCACGCACAGCCACGCCCACCCUCGCCACCCACUACUGGCCGAGGGGCUGUGGACAUCAGCACCAGGGUCAUGAGGCUUCCAGAACCGGAGGUCCCUUUGACCAGUUGAAAGCAAUAUAAAUAUGGCUUUCUAUGGCCGUAAUAUACUCUUUGCUAUUGCUAGAACAAGAGGUCCUCAUGUUUUUGUCCACCUUAGCUACCCUCGAUAUUCCCCCUCAGUUGCUUUUCUUCAACUGGCAGACUCCCAUUUAAAUCAAACCUAUGUGAAGAACUAUGGAAGCAAAAAAUUCUUGUAUCCUAUUCAAUCAAGCAGCAAACUACCUCAUUUACGAACUAAGGCAAUACAAAAACUACAUACAUCCACAUGCUGGCUUCAAGAUAUCUCAGAUAAGCCUAAACAAACCAUGGAAAAAUCAGUAACAGCAAACGCCCAAACCCCAAAAGAAACAGAGAUUAAGACUGAGGAGGUUAAACUAUCUUUGAGACAAAAAAUCGUGGCUGAACUUAAACAUUAUUACAAUGGAUUUUACUUGCUUUGGAUUGACACCAAAGUUGCUGCCAGAAUCGUAUGGAGACUAUUACAUGGACACGUGCUGACCAGACGAGAGAGACGAAGGCUGCUGAGAACUUGUGCUGAUCUCUUCCGCCUGGUUCCAUUUAUCGUGUUCAUAAUUGUGCCCUUCAUGGAAUUCCUAUUACCAGUAUUUCUGAAACUCUUUCCAGAUAUGUUGCCAUCAACUUUUGAAAGUGAAUCCAAAAAGGAAGAAAAACAGAAAAAGAAAAUGGCUGCAAAGUUGGAACUAGCAAAAUUUCUCCAAGAAACUAUUACAGAGAUGGCAAGAAGGAACAGAGCCAAGUUGGGAAAAGGCUCCAAAUUAGGAGAUGCUUCUACACAGUUUUCAUCCUAUGUAAAGCAGGUCCAGACAGGCCAUACACCUAGCACAAAAGAGAUAGUCCGUUUUUCCAAACUAUUUGAGUAUGACCUAACUCUGGAACAUUUAGACCGACCUCAACUGGUUGCCCUAUGCAAACUCCUAGAAAUUCAGGCCCUUGGAACCAACAACCUGCUCCGCUUUCAGCUUCUGAUGAAACUGAAGUCUAUAAAAGCAGAUGAUGAAGCAAUUGCCCAAGAAGGAGUGAAUGCACUGAGCAUAUCUGAACUACAAAGUGCCUGUAGAGCCCGAGGGAUGAGGUCACUGGGGCUCACUGAGAAGCAAUUGAGAGAACAGCUCACACAGUGGCAGGAUCUCCAUCUGAAAGAGAACGUCCCUCCUUCUCUGUUGUUGUUGUCCCGUACCUUCUAUAUGGUGGAUGUGAAGCCAGAGCCUAUUAAGAUUCCUCCAGGCAUUGGGAUUGAAGAAUCUAAAAACCUGCCACCUGUUACAGCACCGCCACCUGUUCCAUUACCUGGAGAAUCUAUUUCUUCUUCCAGAGUCGAAUCACAAACCUCAUCCAAAAGCAGCAAGGCUAGUACGAAUGGAAUCUAAGGCCACUUGAAGAUGGUGCUGUAAUCCAUUCAUCCUCUCCAUCUCCCUACCUCAGUAGGUAGAGGAACUCCGGACUGGGCUGCCUAGAUCCUCCAGAAUAUAGCCUUUUCAUCAUUGUAGCAGUACUCCUGGAGGCCCUGAAACCUACCCCAGGUGAUGUUAGCUGUGAAUCUUAGCUCAUUCUUCAGAAAGUCCAUUUCUUUUCUGCAGCUGUUCAUUCCCACUGUAAAUUAACUUCACAAACUGUAAAUGUGUAAAGAUCCCUGUUUAUUAUUGACUAAAUUGUGUAACGUGUAGCUUUUGCAGUGGUCAUGUCUCUGGAUGUCUGCAGUUUGUGCAUCACCCCUGAAGAAAAAUCUGUAUAGAAUGGCUCCUGCUUUGGUUCUUUAAGACCAUAACCUCCUAUAAGCAUGGCAUCUUGGCCAGGGCCUUUGGAAGCACAGCAACCAGUGAGCACAGCUUUACCAGCCAAAGCCCUAAUUUUUCAGUCAGACAUUUGAUUUGCUAAUGGCUUGACAUGUGUAUUUCCUGUCUUUAAACUGAAAUGCUGAUGCUAUUUACUCAUGGUCUUUUUGCAGUGGGGGCAAAGCCCUCAAAACCAGGUAACUUAGAAGAAAGGGGAAGGGGUGCUGCUGUGAUGGAGAAAAAGAAAGCCUCUUAGAGGGGAGUGAGGAGUUAAAACGAACUGGCAGCCAGCAGGGCUUGGCUGCCGAGCGGCCGUUCUGUCUGACAUCUUUUGGGCCUGGAAAGGCUGCAGAAGAGGCUGGGAAGGAGCUGCCACUAUGCUAGCACACAUGGCUUUCAUUAGCCAUCAUUUUGCUAGGAAACGUAAUUAGGGUUUGUGGCUUAACUGUUUGUUUGGGUUGGGUGUUUUUUUCUCCCUGGUCUAUUUAAAGUCUUUCACAAAUCAGACUUUUUUUUUGUUAGUCGUGGAGGUUUUUUAGGUCUAAUUGUCCUUGUCUGUGUUACCCAAUGACAAAUAUUAUGUUCAGGUACUUAUUUAUUACUUAAAUUUUUUUUUUUUAGCGGUGACUUCCUUUGCUGGAAGAUUGCCACAAAGAUGACCAAUAGCUUUCUUGGUUUUAGAAAGGCUAGGGAGGGAAUAGACAUUCAGGGAUCUGGGAGAUGAAAAAUGUUACCAGGUUUGCUGGUAAUAUCUAGUUAUUUUUAUUUCUUGGAAAUUGAAAGCAGUUAGUUGGGUAUCAUUUAAAAACCAAGUGAAACUUAAAUUUGGUUCUUCAGACUGGCUGGGAUCAUCUAAAUGAGUAAUUUGCAUUAUUUAAAAACUAGAAAUAAUUUGCACUUUAAACUGGUUCCUCUGACUCUUUUUCAGCAGGGGAUGAUCUCCAUAUUGUGCUCCUAAUCAACUCUAGUUAUUUGAGCAUUAAGAAUCCCCUGCUGUGCUAAUGCAACAUUCUAUGGAGUCUUGCCACUAGCCUAGCAAGGUGAUUCACAAUAAACUUUCACAUUUCUAAAGUGGUGAGAUGUUUCUCUCUUUUUUUUUGGGGGGGGUUAUUUAGCUCACAUUUUAAAGGUUGAAUGUGGGAGAAAGAUUAGCCAGUUAACUUGCUCAAUCCUGUUCCUGUCUAGUGAUUCAUAGGUACAAGUAGGAUGUACUAGAAUUCUCUUCCUGUCCUUUCCCAGGGCAGAGUGGGA